AGAAAUUUUUAUUAUAAUGGGAGUGAAAUAGCUCAAAUACCUUGGAUUGAGUUUUGAAAGUAAAGGUGGUGUUGCGGCUCGGAUGGGUGCCUAUGGCGUGUUCUCUUCCACCACCGAGGACCUGGCGUGUGUUGGGAGUACUGGAACUGGGAAUACAACAACUGUUGCUGCUGCCUCUAAGUCUGGAGUGACCCAAACAACACAUGAGAUUAACUUGGGUGGUUCAAGUGUUGAGAAUGAGGCAACCGGGUCUGCGUCUCCUGUCAAAGAAACAGACUCAAAUACUGCUGGGGCUGCUACCCCAACAGUUUCAGUUGAUGCCAUGGCAACCAAAGUUCCUGCUGCUAUAACUCCCCCUGACAGUUUCCCAGCAACUAGCGUAAGUGUUGACUCAGUCCCUAAUGUUUGUGAUGACAGAGAUAAUGUUGAGAAAGUUUCUGAUGCAAUUCUUCCCAAGAGUUGUACAGAAGCUUAUCCUGAUGUUAAGAAAAUUUUUGAUGGUUGUGAAGUUACUCCUACUGUCAAUUGCCCAGCAGCAUGUGGUAACAGUGAGGUAAUUUUGGCAACUCCUACCAACGUCCAAGAUGAUACCCCUGCUAUGGAACCCAACUCUCCUCUACCUUAUAACAAUGAACACUGCUGCAAUGCACAUAAUCUGUCUUCUGAAGCAGAAUUAGCAGACACACACACUGUUGACACUUAUAAUAAUGAAGAGUUCAAUUCUGAUCACUCUCCAAUCAACCUAAAGGAAUUUCCAGUUCUCACAAAAGAACUGUUGGAAGCUACUAGUGGUGAACACAACUAUUGUCUUGAGAAAGAGAUGGAAAGAACACUAAGUCCCUCAUGUGCAGGAAAUGAAGAGACUCAUUCUGAUCCUAUGGAAAACAAUAACUCUCCUCCACUGUUGACUAACGAUGCAGGAAGCUUACAGGAAAAGAGCAACAUCCUCCGUUAAAAAGAGCAGCAUACAAGAAGCUUACAUUCAUUACAUAGCCCAGUGAAAAUCAGAUGUGCAAUGGGGUAUAUCAAUUUCUUUUGUCUGGUACAUGUAAUUGAAAUUCAUUCGUGCUACCUGUUGCAUACUACUUAGAAGAUGUGCUUCCUACUUCAGUAAUUUAAAAAAAUAUUGUGGUUAUUGAUGAUGAAAUGGCUAAACCUGAUGGUGCCAAUCAGAAUAUUGUCAGAAGCUUUGAAGAGGCUGGAUGGAGAAGUACACGAAAUCGAAGUCAGAGCAAGUCGUUACAAAGAGAAAAGGAAAGAGACUCCCAGAGUCAUCAAAAUAGUAAAGACUGGGAUGGGAA